AUGACGACUCCUCUGAAGCUCGAAACCAUCGAAACCCAUCAGAUAGUCAGUUAUGAAGACUUGGUGUACGCAGCAAAAGUCACCAUCGGCACUUCACCGCAAGAGUUCUCAGUUGCACUGGCUUUGAGUGCGCCAACACUGUGGGUACCACACCCACACUGCAGUGGGCGCUAUUGUGAUAAGAGGAGGAAAUUCAUGUUCAACGAGUCCAGCAGCUUCGAAAGGCUCCAUACUGAUACAACCUAUGAUCUCGACAGUACAGCCGGCAGUGCCAAAGUUAUACUUGGCAGAGAUACUGUAGGCUUGGGUGGCUCCAACGAUAGGCGUCUAGUCAUCAAAAAUUUGACAUUUGGCCUUGCCACUGAUCUCCAGCCGUUCUUCUCACAGGAGCCAUUUGAUGGGGUCCUCGGACUGGCGUUUGCAGAGCUUCUUACAGACGUCAAUCCCCCAAUUAUGGAGGCGUUCGAUCAAGGAGUGAUUGAGGAGCCUUUUUUCACUUUGUGGGUGGCACCCCAUGAAGUGAAUGGAAGCAAAGUCGGAGGUGCAAUCACAUAUGGUGGUAUGGAUACCGUAAAUUGCGGACCAAUAAUCGGCUACGCUGCAGUAAAUGAGUCUAUAACGUAUGGAUUCAAGGUGGAAUCAGUAUCUAUGGAGAAAUUUGUGCGCGAUGAAACACAUCCUGCUUUCUCGGAACUGGUCCCGUGGAUUGAGGGGCCAGAAUAUGUUGUCGAAAUACUGGCCAAACUUGCUGGAGCAAAGUACAACGAUGAUGAGGAAAAAUAUGAGAUACCGUGCCACUCUAAGCCUCCGGCGAUCCGAUUUAUGAUAGGGAACAACGAAUACUCUGUGAACUAUACGAAUUAUAUCAUACAGAUCGAAGAAGGCAAAUGUGUUUUUGCUCUGAAGCCAACGUUUGAAAGGCGUUGGACGAUGGGACUUCCAUUCAUUCGUCAAUAUUGUCAUGCCUACGAUAUCGAUGGCGAACGAAUAGGAUUUGCAACACCGCUCACGAACUCACCGGAUCAUUCAAGCACGUUAGUGAAAUAG